CGAGAUUACCAUGAGACAAUGAUAUGGGCUGUGAAGUUAUGAAGUUGUGUUCUUGGGAUUCUCGAAUUUGUCGUUCGACGUCGCAAGUCACCUGAUUGGCUGUGGGGAACCACGAUUUGGCAAUGAGUGGGAAGGCGCGACUCUUAAUUUGUCAGCAGGAAGGAGCGGCCACAAGCGGGGACGACCUGAACUUGCUGCUUAGCAAAUUAAUCCGGGCUGUAUGACACGCGCAAAUAUUGAUUUAAUUACUGAAAUCGUAUCACUGGCGCGGGCUGAGAUGAUUGUUUGGCCCAUUUCUUCAUGGAUUUUAUAUCGGGUCACGUGUCAGGUCCCUGCCAAACCGCGACAUUGACACCACAAUGGAAUAUGAUGCGGCUUCGAUGACAGCUGGAGUCUCAUGCUCGCUCGGAAUACGGAAAAUUCCCAAUCGUUCUAUACAGAACCGCCGAAGACCAGUUGAUCUUUCCACCAAUUACGGAUCUCUGUUGCUCUCCGCUGAGGCCUUCCGUUAUCAGGGACUGAUGAGUUCUGAAAUCGGCAUCUGCUGCUAGCAGAUAUCCCGCGCGCCAGAAACAAUUCCCCGGCGUUUCGAUUCCCCGGUGAUAGAAAAUAGCUGCUAGCGCAGGGAAGUCUAUGUGGAGGUUCACCAUCACGUUGCCGAGUACAAACCAUAACACGGGAUCUCGGAAUUCGGCGAGUUCUAAACGGCAUCUAUCUCAUACUCCAUGCCGUCUAUUGGUGGAUAAUAUUGCCUCAUAUCGCCGUUGCAGAUCAUGAGGGGGAUUAAGCUUCUCCAGAGCUAGCUUGUUGAGGCAGCUUCCCCAGAUUUGGAUCACCCCGCAUGUCAUAUUCAACGCUAAACUGUUGAAGCUUGAGUCUCAAUGUGUCAAUAUCUGCAGGUGUCUAUAGAUAUGCUUCUUGACAUAUAUAAAUUGAGCUGCAUGUUGAAUUAAUUUAAAAUCUGUCCGUGAGCAGCUUCAUUGAAUAUUUCUCUCAAUUCCAACACUUAUUUUUCAAUAAAAACAAUGGUGAAAAUAGAAAGUCUCUCGUGGACCCGGGCUAUCCUUGCCAGCGUUCUGAUCUCUCCUCUUGUAGAGGCAUCCGCUAUCCCACCAACCUCGCUUGAUCAUCCCUUGGGAUUGGGAUUACGACCAAAUACUGCUGUACUGGAUAGCUUUAGACUGUUUGAAGCCAAACUUCAGCUUAAGCUUGGUUCACCCAACCUGAAGACUGCGUUAAAUCACUUAACUGCACAAGCUGAUGGCUGGCUCACGAAAGGCCCAUUUUCCGUCACAAGUAAGACAAUUGAACCGCCUGGGGGCGACAAGCAUGACUACGCUAGUCAAGCACCAUACUGGUGGCCGAACCCUAAUACUGCGGAUGGCUGUCCUUACAUCCAAAAGGAUGGAGUACGCAAUCCAGACGUUGACAACUACACGGAUCAUGGGGACCGGGGCGACAUGUUCCAAUCGUCUUAUAUUCUCAGUCUCGCCUGGUACUAUACUGGGAAAGAAAAAUAUGCCUUGCAUGCUGCCGAUAUUCUUCGCACCUGGUUCUUAACGCCUGCGACGCGCAUGAAUCCCAAUCUCAACCAUGCACAGAUCAUCCCAUGCAAGAAUACCGGACGAGCUAUUGGGAUCAUUGAUUUCUCUCAGCAAUACACAGCUGUGUUAGAUGCUGCUGCCAUACUAGCCUUGGGUGCACCAGGAUGGUCCAAAACCGACGCGAGUGGCUUCAAGCAAUGGAAUAUUGAGUUCCUCGACUGGCUCGCGAACAGCCCAUUUGGUAUCGAGGAGAGUGCAGCUAAGAAUAACCAUGGCACCUUUGCAUCCAUGCAGAAGGCAGGCAUCGCCGUUUUUGUUGGGAAUAAAACACUCGCAAAGCAAGAAGUGCUCAAUAUGCAGGGUCGUAUCGACGCCUAUAUCAGCCCUAACGGCUCGCAGCCUUUGGAACUCAUCCGGACUCGCAGCUGGCAUUACUCUACGUUUGAUCUCGUUGCAUACACGCGGAUAGCUGAUAUUGGCAAGAAAAUCGGCAUUGAUCUGUGGAAGUACAAGGGGCCCCAGGGUCAGAGCAUCCAGGGUGCUGUUGAUUUUAUCCUUCCAGGUGCUACAGGCGGGGCAGCCGCGUGGCAAUACCCCGAGCUUGAGUUUUACGCUUACGCAGCGAGUGAUAUUGUGCAUGCUGCAGCCGAUGCUGGGAACUUGAAGGCUUUGAAGGCGCUUAGCAAGUUGCAAACGCCACCCGGAGGGGAUCUAUGGGCGCUGCGGCCUGCGGUAGAGCAGCUUGAUGCCAUCUCAAACUAGUUUUUCGAGAUUGGGUGCAUUUACGACGAGUAGAUACGUUGUAGCAAUUUUCGGAGUGGAUGGAAGGCUGUGGAAGAUUUGCCCGUACUAUUUAUUCCUUGCGUAUUAUAAUUGCG